AUGACUUUGGGAGUACGAGGUGGGGAUACCACGACAACUAACUCGGCGGAACUAAUGGCCCGUGGUGGAUCGACAGCUACCAAAAAACGAAGCGCAAAAACGUCGUUUUCGACGCUACCCUACAAUGGGACCGUGGAUGUAUCCAGUUCUGUAACAAUUAUGAAGCCAGUGGAGCCAAUGGAGCCAGAAACCAAGGAGCUGGAAGGCACUGAUAUGGUGGAGAUUUCGCCAGAACCCCAAAAGGAGAAGUUUCACAAGAGAAUUGCCAAGAAACUCAAGUGUCGCAACUCUACCAAUCUCAGUCGCAAAGUGAUGCACGCCUCGUGGGGAUUGUUGUUUGCUGCAUUGAACCACCUUAUCCCCAAAGAAACCUUUGUGCCCGCGAUGGCUGUCUUGAGCGGUGCCACUCUGCUCAUGGAAUUGUUGCGUUAUCGCAAGAACUUUGGAUGGAUGAACAAAGCACUCCACUUUGUUUUGGGAAGUGCUCUAAGGCAAAGCGAAAUGGAUGGCAAAUUCACUGGUUCCUUUUAUUUCUUUACGGGAGUAACCGUUACGGCAGCUCUCUUCCCCCAAAGUGCAGCGACUUUGGGCAUUAUCCAGUUGGCCAUUGCUGAUCCCAGUGCGAGUUACUUCGGUAGUGCCACCCGUCAUGUACGCUGGUCCCGAAUUCAAGGUGAAUUGGGUGGAUUUGGUCGCAACAAGGGAAUUCUCGGUUUUCUCGGAGGCGCGUUGAUGUGUGUUCCCUUCAACUAUCGCAUCCUGUCGCUUGCCAAGUUUGGUGGCAAUGUUCCAGGUGGUCAGGCAGCCCUCGUACUAGCAUCGUUGGCACUGGGAAUGGCUGGUUCCUUGGCCGAUCUUGCGGUACCAACUCCAGCCAUUACGCUGCCAAAGAAGAUUUGUGGAGUCCGAGUGCCACCAUUGCAUAUUGAUGACAACUUUGUUGUGCCCGUUGUUUCUGGAUAUGCUUGUACACAAAUCUUCAAAGCUUUGGCAUGGCAACAAACCUUGCAGCUCUCCCAAUGCAUCUUUGCGUAA